AUGAGAACAGAGCCUCACUCUCCAUCUAGCGAACCUUCUUCCGCAUCGCCGUCAACAACAUCUCGCGCUCCGUCUGUCUCCGCGCCGAGCGCCUGCGCGCCUUCUCCUCUGUCGUCUUCUCCUCCCUCCGUCUGCCUGGUCUCGCCGUCUCCGCGUCGCUCGUCUCGCGCGCGCGCGCCUUCAAUGCGCGCGCCGGCGUCUCCUUCUUCUUCCUCUCCUGUCUCGCUUUCUCUGUCUUCGUAUCCUCGCUCUCCUCCUUCCGCGCCUGCGCCUCUGCGCAGACGCGGCCGCGAGACAUUGGAGGUGCGCAGCGAUCUCGCUGGGAUUCGCGCCGCGCUCAAGUCGCUGAGCCUCGCCUGCCAGAGGUGGAAGCUGCAGAUCGAACAAGGAGAAGGGCGACUCAACGCAGAGCAGCGAACCUGGGGGUCUUCGUUCUUUCACCACGAAAAUGAAAGACGAGCCGCCGCAGCCAGAGAAGGAGCGCGGUUGAGCGCGGCGACCGACGAUGAAGUCGACUCUGGCGAACGCGAAGAAGGAGAAAGGCACCGGGUCGACGUGUGGAGCGACGCCAGGCGGACAUUAGCCAGGACGAAGCAUGAGGGCGGAGACGCACUCAGGCACUCAGCCUGGAGACAACGUCGCGAUCCCAGAGAUGCUAGAAAAGCUGCCGAAUCAUGUUUGUCUGUCUUGGCUGGUGUCCAGCCUUUAUCUGCCUCCGCGGAUAGGUCAUUCAAGCUGCCCAUGGCUCCCUCCGCCUGGGUGACGAUGCCGCCCAUGCGAUCUUCGAAGGAACGCCCGCGCUCUCCGCUUCUUCAAACCGCAGCCGAGAUUUCACAUUUUCUUCUCCUUCUCGAAACACGCGUCGUCGCGCUCUGCGUGCGGCGGCCCCCAGCCUUCCUGCGGAGCGACAGAAACGGCGCAGUCCGCCCGCCGAGGCCUCGCGUAGAGGAAGAGACAGCUGCCGCGAGAGACGAAGGCGCAGGCGGAGACACACACUUGCGAGUCGAUCAGCGAGGAGAGUCAAGAGACUCAGAACAGGACGGCGAGGAUGCGCGGGAGCGAAACAAGCGGGGACGCACCCAGGAGCUGUUGGGCAUCCUCCAGCUUUUGGUGGAUACUCCGGUGCUCCCCGAAGGUUCCAUAGCUUCGAUAUUCUGUCGUGUCCCCCAAGGUGAAAACGCCGCGUGCCUUCUCUCUGCCGCUUCCUCAGCUUCUGAGCUUUCCCUUGCGCGGAAGGAGACCUGCAAUCAGCAUUCUCCUUUUCCGGCAGACUGCAAGCCUUCCUUCACAUCUUCGGUCUGCGCUCUUUCGCUUGCGGAGUCCCGCUGCUGCGACGCGUCGCCUCGCGUGCAGCCGCAGUCUGCGCCGCGCUCUCCUUCGCUCCACUUCGUCACGCACUGCCUUGUCGCACUCGCCUCUCGAGUUAUCAGGAGUCUCUGUCUGGCUUCCACAGAGAUCGCGUCUCGGGGCGUUUCUUCGCGGCGGCCGGAGGAAUCCGCCUGCCCUCGUCGCGCUCGCAGCGACGCCUCCGAAUGGGCGCCUACGGUUGCUUUGUCGCCUUCGCCUCGUCUCAGCGCCUCCACGUCUGCUGCGAUGCCUCCGUCGUUCCGUUCCUUCUCGGCAGCCACGCAGCUGAUUUCCUGCGGCGCUUCUCCCCGCGGCCUCGUCCCGUCGCCGCCCUCCUCGCUGGCGCUGCAGGCGGCCUCCACUCCUCGGGCGCGACUGCCGUCGCUGGAUGUUCCGUCUCUGCGGCGCGCGUCGUCUCCCAUGGAGAGUCUCUUCGACUUGCUGUUGAACCCGCGCACCCCGAUCGCGUGCCUGCUGCCUCUGGUGCAGGCUGUUCGCAUUGACACGAGAGACUCCUUCCUCUUUGCCUCGCUUCUGCGCCGCGCGCUCGCGGGAGUGUGCCUCGUCCUCCCCCCCUCCCCCCUUCCCCUUCUCCCGCCGGCGCGGCGCAGCGGUUGCCGCCUGCGCCUCCUCGCCCGCCGAGCGUCCUCUGCUGCCUCGUCGCGCACCGCUUCUCCGCGGCGGCACACAUCUCGCUCGCGCCCAUUCGCCUCGUUGCGAGGCUCGUCGCCCGGGAUUGCUGUCUUUCCUUCUUCGCCGGGUCUCUCUGCUUCGCUGCACGUCACGCUCGCGGCGCCUCUCGAACCGGAGGAGAGAUUUUUUUCGUGGCAGUGCAACCGCUGCAUUCUGCUGCCGCACCUGCUGAGGCGCUUCGACGUGGGGAGCUGGUGCACACAUCUGCUCCGCGCCGCACCCGUGAACAGAGACGCAGCGCCGAAAAAGCAGAAAAAAUGCGGAAACCGCAACUUGAACCUGACGCCAUCGGCGGACCCCGAGGCGAACUCAGGAGCUCCGAAACACGCGAGUCGAGAAGCGAAUUCCGCUGAGAAGAGCGCGACGAAAGGCAGACACCUGCCUGACGCAGGCGAUGACGGCGGCCAGAAGCGAGGGCGAAGGAGCAGAGGCGAGGAGAGGGAAACUUGCGGAGACGCGGAAACCAGUGAAGACCGACAACCAUGCUCUAUAGAGAGCCACAUGUUGCUGAGAGGCACGCGAAGUCGCGGCGAUCGGAGUUGUGACCUGAACGACGAGACGCCGCUCCCUGAAGAAGAGAGCCAGGCACCUGAGUUGCAUUCUCAAGAGUUGAGAGAGGCCAAGCGCGAACUCCUCGUUACAACAGCCCUGAAUCUUCUGAACACCACACUCCGUUUGGCAGUUUUGAGAGACGAGAAGACGCAGGCACAUCGACGCAGAGGCCAGGCAGACACGCGCGGGCUGGCGUUCGCCGAAGGAAAAAGCACCGCUGUGCGAUGCCAGAAGGAAAGCGAAGAAAAGAUAAAGCUCCGGGAGCGACCUGUAAUUAAUGGUUGUCUGGUUGCCGCCGGCUCAUCAUUCGCCGCUUCGCCGCCUCCUGCCUCGCGGCUGUUUCCCUCCUCACAUACGCGGUUCAGGCCUCUCGCUGCCCGCCCUGUCUCUUCUCUCUUUCCCUCCUCUUCUUCCUCCCUCCCGUUCGCGCAUCCGCCCUCGCUCGAGUCUGAUGCAGUCGGCCUCGUUGACGAGACGUACGCAGUGUGCCUGGAUCUUUUUCUCUCUCUCUUUGCUACCCCGUUGUCUGCGUCGUCUUCCAGAUCCCGGAACCUGCCCUGUCUCGGCUCUUUCUCGCCGCCGCUCUCUCGGUCUCCGCCCCCUCGGGGGUGCGAGCUGCGGGCCUCUUCGCGCCUUCUCGUGGCGCUUCUUCCUAUGCUUCUCUCUGAAGCCCUGCCGCGCUCGCUGUUUCACGUCGCCUUCCCGAAACCCCUUCUGCAUCUUCUGCUCGCCUACCUGGAGUGCAGACAGCCUCACGAUGGGAUUGCGACACACGCAUCCGGUACGGGACAGACUUCCAUUUGCGCGUCGCCCAACGGUUCGCGGCGCCGCAGCUCGCCCCGGCAAGAGCGGCAGACUCGGCUGUCGGGGUCUGCGGCUUCGGGCAAGAUCUGCGGCGCCUCCGUCGGGCUUGCAGUUCUUGCGUAUCGUUCGUCUGUGCGGGAGCGUCCCCUUCAUCGUCGUCGUCUCCCGCUUCCGGUUUGUUCUGUGCCUUCAGCGCCCGGCUCAGCCUCCGCGUCUCCUCAGCUCUUGCUCGGCUUCCUCUCGCCGGCGUCCGCUCUCUUCAUCUUGGCGGCGCUGACGCGCCGGCGCGCUCUCUCCGCCGUCGGCCUCCUGGCGGCCGCAAGCGGCACGCAGCCCGAGGGGCGAGGCGGCAAACGCGUCAGCGGCAAGAACGAAGAAACGCUUCGACGACGCGACGAGCGUCGCAGGCGCGCAGGCGCUUCAGAUGGCACUUCUGCUGAGGAGCGAGGCGAUGAGGGAAGACGGCAGCUGCGGCAGGACCUGUUCAGAGGCCUUCUCGCGCUGGCUCUCGAGAGACUCUUCGGGAGCGAUCGCGCGACUGUGCUGGGAGGGCAGGGGCGGGGCGCGCCACUGGAAACAGUUGAAGCUCGAAAACGCAUCGUGGACGCCAGACGGAGGCAGCCAGAAAGAACAGCAGUCCUGGCGUAUUCCUCAGGGAGGGUCGCUGAAGCGGCGCCCGCGCCCUUCCACAGGUCACGUGCAUUUGUUACAUCUCGAUACCAGGAACAGAGAAAGCCCGCGACGCUUCGCCAGCGCGCAGUGGCCUUGCUCGCGACUCUCCUCGUCUCGCUGGUCGCCACUGACCCCUUCCGCGAGGCCUCCAGCGAGCCCGAAGGAGCCGAGGCUGAAGCGGAUGCCGCAGCACCUUCGCCGGCGGGGAGGCAGCGCUGGGCGUCAGAUCAGGUCGGCGCGGAAUUCCGCACGACACAGACGCGGUACGGAGAGCUGACGUUCCUGGAGACAGUUGUUGAAAUCGUCGUUUCGCAUGCCCUGGUUCAUCUGUCGAAAGUCGAGUGUACGUACACCCUGGCGCUUGGGUUGCGCCGCCUUCUUCGCAGAGCCUGCGGGCUGCGUAUACCUUCCUUCUCUCGCUCUUUCUCUUCGCUGUCGCUCUCGCCUUCGCUCGCGUUCUCCCCGUCACUUGCGUCGCAUGACUCCCUCUCAGCCUCCACGGCGAGGCCAUCGGCCUCUGCGCUUGUCCGGUGCGAGCGGCUUCUCAGUCUCUUCUCUCGCUGGAAGCAGGCAACGCGAAGGCACGGGAUGCAAGUCAGCCGCAGCGAAAGCACCGCGGCCGCGACGCGCCUUUGCGCCUGCUCGCAGAGGGACGACUCUCCGCCUCUGAGUAUAGACUGCGCCAGCCACGGCGCUCGGGUCGCACAGAGGGAAUUGCAUGCGGCGAUUGCAGCUGCAGAAGCGAGAAAUGCCGUGGUCCGUGAGAGCGGCGUCCUGCUGCUUCACGCGCUCGCGCAGGUUCACAGCGUAAGCGCAUCGACUUCGCAGCGUGCAUUUGGCGCGCCCUCCUUCCCUCACAUCCAUACCUUCCUUCUCCACAGCGUCUCCUCGAUCUUCGCAGGGUCCUGCGCGCCCUGCGAACCCUGCGAAGAGGAAACCAGAAGCUGGGGUAUUUCCUACCUUCAGCCCGUCGCUUCUGCCUCGCCGCGGCCUCGCUCGGUCUCGUGCCUCGUUGCGCUAUACGCGUCUUCUCGCGAGCCGCCAGCAUGCGGAGGCUGUGCUGCGCGCUCUCUCUCCACGUCGACGCUCGCCUCAAGUCAGGCCGCGCCGUCUCGCGCGGCGCGCUCUUCGCGCGGUGCUGGUGGGCCUCUUCCGCCGUCGCCUCCACACUCGCGGUCAUCGGGAUCUCUUUCUCCUAUUCUCCAGCGCGCAGCGUCUCAGGAGCCGCCUCUGCCGCUCACGCAUGAAGCGUUUGCGCGUCCGCAGGCUCCAGCUUUCGCUGUGCCAGCGGCUCGCCGCUUCCCCUCCGAGCGCGGCGCGGCCCCUCCGGCGGCAGCCAGAGCCCUCACUUCGAACAGGAGCGCGGCGGCGUGCACGCGCGGAGACGUUGCGGGAAAAGGAAAGCAACACUUCAAACGUCCAUCUGCGUCAGAGGCGCUUCUCGAGCCGAGAGUGGAAGACACGCGGCGGGAGGGAGAUACAGACGGGGGAGGCAGGCGGCGCCGCCGCGGCUGUCUCGCCUUCGCACCCGGUGGGAGGAGCUCCUCUUCUCUCUUUGAGCUCUCGCCUUCCGCGUCGUCGCACUCCUCUGAAGCUUCCGCAGCCGAGCAACCGGACGCCGACGCCCCCGACGCGGAAGAUCCUCGCCCCAACGCGGCGGCGAUGCGCCGGCAGUGCGGGAGCCCACGCAGCGAUGCAGACUUGAGAGGCGCCCAGGCGCGCCCGAGGGGGACGAAUCGAGGGCGACGGGCGCCGAGCGCAGAGACCGGAGACGCGCGGGACUCACUGUGCGUCGCGCGAGCAGAAAGAGGUGAACCGCGAGAAGACGCAGAAGAUAAAAGAGACAAAGAGGCAACGACGGAGGCUUCAGUCGUCGCAGGCGCGGAGGCUCAGACGCCAGCGCGCAAGCGGCGCGCCAGCCGAAGAGCCGGGAGCUGGACGCGCCGGAGAGGCGGCGGCGGUCGAGCGGCUGGAAGCCUCUGCCGCCUCGCGGCUGGAAGCCUCUGCCGCCUCGCGGCGCGGAGACAGAAGGCGCGGGCGCGGAUCAAAGGCUACUUAAGCGACGGUGGCUGCGCAGAAGAUGGACUCAGAGGCGACGCGGCAGACGCGCUGAGUCGAGACCGCCACUCGUCUGCCCUCAGGCGCGCCGCGCGCAGUCCACACACGAGACGAGACGCGAGGCUGUCUAGGGAGAGACGCGGCCCUCAAGUGGUGGAAGGGCGAGGCGGCUCGCAGGCAGCUCAGCCGUUCGCCUGCGGCCGACACAGACGCGCCCGGCCAGAUCCCGCCUUCGCCGCAGCCCUGGAGUCGCGCCUGCGCCCCGAAGCCCCGCGGCGUCACCCCCACGCGUCCCGCGCGGGGCGCGGGCGGCUCGCGAGUCUUGGACGCGGUCGCUAG